ACGUGUUUUGGUUCUAAUUUUGCUCUAACUUUUUUAUGUAAAUUGAAAUUCAUUUGCCGAGUAUCAAAUGUGCAAGUUUAGCAGUUUUCUUAUUCGUAAUUUUGUUUCCAACAAGUUUUGUGUAAAAUUGUUCUGACAGAUUUUAAUAAGCAAAAGGGAAAGACAACGUAUUAUUUGAGUUUAUGAAAACGGUCACACUGUAAGACUCUAUAAAUUCCAAACGGCUGUGCGUUUCGUGCGCAAAGCGAUUAAAGAGUUUUUAGUGUUAUAAUGUUAACGUUAGCAAAUAUUUCGCAGCUUUGUCGCAUAUGCCUGAGACAUUUGCGCCAGCAACAGCAGCCACCAAAUGCUACACCCAGAGAUACCCAUUACCCACAACGGAACAAAUCCAGCUACAACUCAAAGGCUUUACCACAUUUGGCAAAAACGUUGAAUCAGUUUUUUGCCAUUGACAUUUUUCAGCAACCGGACUCCUUUCCGCAGCAAAUAUGCGCAUUGUGUUACAAUGCCGUGGAAUAUUUCCAGCAGCUAUGUGCCGUCGCCGAGCAGAGCAAUGAGAUGUUGAGGCGCCUGGACGUGACCUUGAUAGAACAGCCGGAAGCUCCAGUCGCAGGCAUUGGCCCUGAUGCUAAUGCUGAUCACUCGUUGCCGCUAGUGAAAGCUGAGCCCACGGAGGAUGAAGCGCAGCGUCAGCAAGAAUACGAUUUCGAGCAUGACAGAGACGCCGAUGCAGAUGCUGACUUAGAUGUCGAGUUCGAUGGUGAUGCAGAUGCUGAUGCAAAUGCCUAUGCAGAUGCCGAUGCCAAUGUUAACAAUCAAAGCCAGGAUUCAACGAACGAUGAUGAGACCGUCAUGAGCAGCUGUGCAUCAACGGAGGUAGGCGCAGCGGCUGCUGCUACCAAACGCAAGCUACUCGCCUGCCAACAGUGUGGCAAGCAGGUGUACAAGCUACCCUAUCUGGAAGCGCAUAUACGUAGCGUACACGAAGGUCAUCCGAAGCCGUUUCUGUGCCGCAACUGUGACAAAGCGUUCACGCGCUACGAACAGCUGCGUUCACAUGUACGCAAUGUUCAUCCGGCUGUGGCUGCUGCCACAAAAGCAGCUAGCGACGAGCUGGAACUGAUCUGUGAGCAGUGCAAUCGCAGGUACAGCACCAAAAAUGCACUCGGCGAGCAUCUGAAGCGGCAUGCACAGGAGAAGCCGCACAUAUGCGAGCACUGCGGCGCUGCCAAGGUAACACGCACCGAACUGCUCACCCAUCUGCGCAUACACAAUCCCGACUGGGAGAAGUUCAAGUGUAAACAAUGUCCGCAGCUCUUCCGGCACAAGAGUGCCAUUAGCAGGCAUGUGCGCGUCGUCCAUGAGGGACAGCGACGCUUUCAGUGCGGUCACUGCCAGAAGAGAUUCGGCACUCACGCCUCACAGCUGCGACACGAGCGCCUGCACAUUGAUACAUAUUAAAUAGAUGGGCUAGGCCUAAUCUAUCGACCACAUUCCAAAUGAUAUAUGUAUAUGCAUUCAUUCCAACUGCUUAUCUGUAUUACAAAAAUUAUGUUAACUCCACUUCUUUGUUCACAUUGUUUACAUCCAUCGUAUCGAGCACAUUGAUAUAUGCACAAAAAAUCAAAAGGAAAGCGAAACCCAGACGCUUAGUAAUAAAGCGAAAUUUUAGCUUUUAGC